GCUGAGAGCCUGUGGCCAUUCUGGCUAUUUCUGUAGGAAACCCUGAAAAGUGGCAAACUCUCAGUGCUGUAUAGGUACGAGGCCUGCCACCUCACCAAGGCGUAACUUGGCUGGAUGGCAUACCUGCCAUCCCAGUUCUGGAGGCACGAAUAGAAAAUUUUUAAUUAAUUAUGAGUUUUGAAUAUAACUGUAAUUAAAUUUUACAUAACCUGCGCAACCAAAUGUUGGUGUGUGCAGAGGAUGGUAGAGGGGUGCUGUGAGGACAGGGUCCAGCUCUAUUUAAAGAGAGCUGGGACCAGAACAGAGACAGAAACAGGGGCGAACACACCUGCAGUCACACUCUCAUUAGGACAACCUCAGAGGCACCAUGAAACACACUAUCCUGGUCUGCAUAGUGCUGCUGGUCGCAGUGUUUGAGAUCGCAGCGCCCAGCAUCGGGUUGCGCGUCAGAGGUGAUAAGCCUAGAUGCACGGCGGAUGCUGAGAAAGGGAAAUGUCCUACCAACUGGAGCCCUGUGUGCGGGACUGACAGAGUAACUUAUAAGAACGAGUGUGAACUCUGUCGUGCCAACCUGCGGAAAACCUCUAAAGUCAGGAUCCGGUCCCGUUAUCAGUGUUGAUCUGAAAAUGGAAAGUAAUCUGCCCGCAACAGUUCAACUGAUUUCUCCUACAUUGUUUUAUGGAUGGGAAUGUAACGACUGUCGUGCAACACUUGCCCUACCUGCUUGCUCAUCUGCUUGGAGUCCAUGGGGAAGAAUCUAGAAGGCCAACUGCAUAGUCUGUAAUCUGGAGACUACUGCUUAUUCAUAAUCUGUACCCUGCCGCUUGAGUGUAUUCUGUACACCGCAUCAAUAAAGUAAUACAGCAUUCA